AACCUGUGCGUCUCCCUGCGGGUGCCUCAGGCUGUCCCCAUGGACCUGCGGAUCGGACAGCGCUUCGUCAAGCCCGGCUCCAACACCGCCCUGCUGGCUCUCAAGCAGACCCAGCAGCUGCAGCACCAGCUCUUCUUGGCCAGCCUGCACCAGCAGCAGGUGGAGCAGUUCACCCCCCAGCACAUGCGGGUGAACAUGGACUCCCCGCAGCGUGAGGCAGAGGCUGGGCAGCAGGAGCAGGAGCUGCGGCUACUCCUCAAUAAGGACAAGAGCAAACGAAGUGCUGUGGCGAGCACGGUGGUGAAACAGAAGCUGGCCGAGGUAAUCCUGAAGAAACAACAGGCAGCUUUGGAAAGGACCAGCAACCCCAGUGGCCCCCCCAUGCCCUACAGAUCGCUGGAGCCCCUGGAUACUGAAGGCCCUGCCCCUCCUGUGCUCAGCCCCUUCCUGCCACAAGUCCCCAGCAGUUCCAUAGACCCUCCGGAGCACUUUCCUCUGCGGAAAACAGCAUCUGAGCCCAACCUGAAGGUGUGGUACAAGCCCAAGAAGUUGGUGGACCGGCGUAAGAACCCACUGACCCGCAAGGAGAGUGCACCCCCUUCCCUGAAGAGGAGGCCAUUGGGCUGGGUGCAGAACCAGGGACAGUCCCUGCAGCGAUGCCUGGUGCACUGCCAGGAGUAUGUGCUCUCAGGGCAUGAGCUGUCCUUGCCUGCCUACCUGGGCUCAGUGCCAGGCCUGGGGACGAUCCCGUUCCACUUCGCCCACACACUCAUCCCCACCGACGGGCUGUCGCUGGCAGGCCACCACAAACCGCUGGGGCGGACCCGCUCUGAGCCCCUCCCUCCCAACCCCAAGGCCAUCCAGCAGCAGCUGGCGUACCAGCAGCACCAUGCUCAGUUCCUGGAGAGACUCAAACAGCAGACACACUUGGGCAAGCUAAUGACCAAGUCCAGGGAGAAGCCUCGUCUGCGGCAGAUCCCCUCCUCGGAGGACAUGGAGGCCAAGGGUGGGCUCCCAGAGGGAGGGAGCGAGCGCAGUGACCAGCCUAGGGGCCGAGUGGAGCUCACACGGCCAGGGGUCAGCACAAAGGAGCCUGAGCGGAGCCCGAAGCUGAUGCAGCCACAGGAGGAGCUCGUCUUGCAGCAGCAGGCCUACCUGUGGGAGCAUCACCAGCGCCUGCAGCACUCGCUCCUCAAGCGGCAGCCACCAGCCGACUCCCUGAUGGUCCCUGACACACACGGAGAGCACCGGCCUCUCUCCAGGGCCCAGUCAUCUCCUGCCACUGCUACCAUCGCCCUUCCUGCCCAGGACGCACCCGCCAAGGCGCUCUCCCUGCCGGCGCAAGAGCCACCAGCCAAACCGCAGUUCACAACAGGGCUCGUGUAUGACUCCGUGAUGCUCAAACACCAGUGCUCCUGCGGGAACAACAGCAACCACCCUGAGCAUGCUGGGAGAAUUCAGAGCAUCUGGUCCUGCCUGCAAGAGCGGGGUCUGCGCAGCCAGUGUGAGACCCUGCAAACUCAAGCCUUGUCCAUGUACAGCCUUAGAAAGCUUGCAGCAGAGCCAAGCUGCCUGAGCGCUACCGGCUUCGGGCAGCCCCCAUGCCUCUGGACCCUGCGCCCUCGGAGCCCGGAAGGGGAAGUGCCCGGCCGGCAGCGCAGGGUCUGGAGCUGCACUGGGGGAGCAAAAAAACCCAAAAAACUGCCUGCGUCCCGACCAGAGAUUGUUCGGGACGUAGGACAAACAGCUAAAAAUCGGGACGGUCCCGAUUUUAUCGCGACGUUCAGAACUGUCGUGAUGCCGAUCGCCCACGAGUUCUCCCCGGACGUGGUGCUGGUGUCUGCAGGGUUUGACGCAGCUGACGGCCACCCGCCACCGCUGGGAGGCUACAAAGUCUCUGCCAAAUGCUUCGGCUACAUGACCCGACAGCUGAUGAGUCUGGCAGGAGGAGCCAUCGUCCUCGCCCUGGAAGGGGGCCAUGACCUCACGGCCAUCUGCGAUGCCUCAGAGGCCUGCGUGUCCGCCCUGCUGGGCAAUGAGCUGGAUCCCCUCCCAGAGGAGAGCAUGAGGCAGAAGCCGAAUCCCAGUGCCGUGCGCUCCUUGGAAGCAGUGAUCCGGGUCCAGAGUAAAUACUGGGGCGCCAUGCAGCGAUUUGCCUCCAAGGUGAGCUGCUCGUUCCUGGAGGUGCAGCACCAUGACCCAGAGGAGGUGGAGACGGUGAUGGCCUUGGCCUCCUUGUCAGUGGCAGUGAUGGUGGAGAAGAGGUGA